GGCGGCGGCAGUGCCCGGCGGGGAGCGGGUCCGGAGCUGGUCGCCGGACCCAGAACUGGGGGGGUCUGUUCGGGGCGUGAGGGAGCUCCCUCGCCGGGCCGUUGGCGGCUUGAUGGAGUAAGAGGGGUCGUCUGUGGAUGUGUGAAGUUGAGUGCUUCGGAUCUGGUCACUAUGGUACGAGAACGAAAAUGCAUACUGUGCCACAUUGUGUACAGCUCCAAAAAGGAGAUGGACGAACACAUGCGGAGCAUGUUGCAUCACAGGGAACUUGAGAACCUGAAGGGCAGGGACAGCAGUCAUGAGUGCCGCGUGUGCGGGGUCACAGAAGUGGGUCUCUCCGCGUAUGCAAAGCACAUUUCUAGCCAGUUGCACAAAGAUAAGGUUGAUGCCCAGGAAAGAGAAGAUGAUGGAAAGGAAAAUGAAGAGGAAGAAGAGUAUUUUGACAAGGAACUUGUUCAGUUAAUAAAACAAAGGAAAGAACAAAGUCGACAAAAUGAACCUUCCAAGAGCAGCCAAGAAAUAAACUCUGAUGAUAGACGACCCCAAAGGAGACGAGAAGAUCGACUCCCUUACCAAGAUAGAGAGAGUUAUAGUCAAGCAGGCAGGCAUCACCGUGGACCUCCACAGUGGGAUUGGACAUGGAAGAAUGAUGGCUUUAACAGUAACAGGUUAAACAGUUUUUCUCACUUGAGGAACAGUGGAGCAAGAGGACGUUCUGGAUGGCAUAAGGAUGUUUCAGGAGUCUCCCUGAAUUGGUUUCACAGCCAUAGUAACCCUGGGAGUAGCUGGCAUCCAAAUAGUGGAUUAGUAGAUUGGAAUCAUAAUGGAUCAGGAAGGAAUUCCAGUUGGCAUUUUGAAGGAACAGGUGGUUUUUCCAGUUGGCAUAUGAACAGCAGUAAUGGAAACUGGAAAUCCAGUGUACGUAGCACAAAUAACUGGAAUUACAGUGGCUCUAGAGACAGAUUUCAACCAGGGUGGAACAGAAACUCUAACUCUCAAAAGGAAGAUAAGACCGUGCCAUGGAACAAGAAAUCUGGUAAGGCAAGCCUGUACGGUCAGGAGAGAUAUAAUUGGCAGUGGCAAGAAAGUGAUAAAGUGGGUACAGUUGUUGCAUAUGGAGGUUCUUCUGAAGGAUUUACAAGUGAUAAGUAUCCUUCAGAAAACUUACUUAACUUCAACUUCGAACAACUGGAAAGCCAAACCACUAAACAGACUGACACUGCAGCUUCCAAAACUGGUGGAAAGAAUAGUAAUGUAACAAGGGAAAAGCAGCAUCGCUGGACGCCAUAUCCCUCCCAGAAGACUCUGGAUCCACAGUCAGCUCUGAAAGAAGUCAGUGGUAACAAUUCAGAAAAGACAGAUAAACCUUUGUCUGAUAUUAGUUUAAUACCCACAGGAAUGCAAGACCCUCAAGCUGGUAAAAGUAAUUUCCUAAUGUCAGCACAAAAAGAAAUACCUACUGGGUCUCUUAGUCACAAAGCCACUUCUGACUGCACCGCUUCCUGUGAGGGGGUGAGAGAGUGUGCUGUUACAGAAAAACCUGAGUGUGAACACAACUCCAAUAAGAUGCCAGCAAUGAAGUCCCCGCCCCCUCUAAGGCCAGCCACUAAAUCAGUUCCUCAAAAGCAGGAUUCAAAGAAUCCCUCAAAGAACACCAAAAGAAAUUCUUUUUUGCCCAGAGAAUACUUGAAUCCCUUGAACAAACCUACUAAGGAAAAUAAUCAUGGUUCUUCCAGUUCCAAAUUGCAUGGUUCAUGUCCUCGUACUUCAAAGGGGAAUAAAAGUAAGUGUGGCCCUCCUAAGAAACCCCAUGACAGUUUGAAUGAUACAUUACGAAAAGCCAAAGAGGUGCUGCAGUGUCAGGAGUCACUGCAAACUCCACUGCUCAGCAGUUCUAAAAGGACCAAGAACUAUGCAAAAAUGAGCCGGAACGUAGAGGAGUCAGAAAGAGGGUCUCUGAAGAUCGAGCUCCAGGUGCGCGCAUUAGGAGACGAAAGUGAUGGGGAGACAUCCCACAAGGAAAAGCACAGAACAAAGCCUGGAUCCCUGGGUUCUUCCACGGCACAAGUUCUAUCCUGUAGCAGUCAGGCUUCUGAUGAGAAGGAGGGAGAAAACCAAGUCCUGAAGACCCCUAAAAAUCUGUCUGGUUCCCCACGUAGCUCCACACCCCUCCAGAAAGAGUCUGAGUUGCCAGUGACUUCCGCACCCAGCCCACACCAUAGCUUACUGUUAGACUUGAAAACCUCCCUAGAGGAUGCACAGGUUGAUGACUCCGUUAAAUGUCACAGAUCUGACGAAACAGAAGGCUUUGAGAUCGCCAGCUUGGACGGAGAGCUCCCAAAGGACGAUAGCGGUCAGCCCUCAGGCUCCCUUCUGCCUGAACUAAGCAAGCUUGGCUUUCCUGCCUCACUCCAGAGAGAUCUAACCCGGCACAUCAGUUUGAAGAGCAAAACCGGAACCCACCUCCCCGAGCCGAAUCUCAACAGUGCUCGCCGAAUUCGCAACAUUAGUGGUCAUCGAAAGAGUGAGACAGACAAGGAAUCUGGACUCAAGCCAACUCUACGGCAGAUCCUCAACGCGUCUCGGAGAAACGUCAACUGGGAGCAGGUCAUUCAGCAAGUAACCAAGAAAAAACAAGAGCUGGGCAAAGGCCUACCCAGGUUCGGUAUAGAAAUGGUACCCCUGGUUCAAAAUGAGCAGGAGACCUUAGAUUUGGAUGGGGAACCUGAUCUGUCUGAUCGAGAAGGAUUCCAUUGGGAAGGCAUUUCCAUCUCUUCCUCUCCUGGCUUGGCGAGGAAGCGAAGCCUUUCUGAGAGCAGUGUGAUUGUGGACAGGGCACCUUCCAUGUAUAGCUUCUUCACUGAGGAAACUGGGAGCAAAGAAAAUGAGCCCCAGCAGGUUGUGUCGCUGAAUAACUCACUGGCGGCUGCACAGAGUCCUAAAGGAAUGCUGCGCCUUAAACAGGAAGCGACGUCUCUGGGCACCACCCUGAGAGCAGAUGAACCCAGUGCACAAGUACCCUCUGACCGGAUAAUGCCCGCAGUGCACUCAGCUGAAGACUUGGGCAGCCAGGAAAGGUCUACACCACCAUGCGAGCGUCAGACUGCUCAGGAGAGUAAAAGAGAAAGAAACUCACCAUCGGAUGCAUCCUUAGCCCUGGCAAGCUCCAGCUUAGCGGAUGCAGCCACAGACAGCAGCUGUACCUCUGGUGCUGAACAAAACGAUUGCCCGAGUAUUAGGAAGAAACGAAGAGCCACCGGAGAUGGAUCUUCUCCUGAACUCCCAAGUCUUGAGAGAAAGAACAAAAGAAGAAAAAUUAAAGGAAAGAAAGAACGUUCUCAGGUUGACCAGCUGCUGAAUAUUUCUUUAAGGGAGGAAGAACUAAGUAAAUCACUACAGUGCAUGGAUAACAACCUUGUGCAAGCGCGGGCAGCACUUCAGACAGCUUACAUUGAAGUUCAGAGACUGCUUAUGCUCAAACAGCAGAUCACUGUGGAGAUGAGUGCACUGAGGACCCAAAGAAUACAGAUUCUACAGGGAUUGCAAGAAACAUAUGAACCCUCUGAGCACCCAGACCAGGUACCCUGCAGCCUCACACGAGAACAAAGGAACAGUAGGUCUCAGACAUCUGCUGACGCCACACUGCUGCCGACACCUUUUCACCCAGCGUUUCUGGAACCACCAUCGUCCCUCGCGUCUCCCUCAUCCACGGGAGCCCCUCUCCAAGUCAACACAUCCACCUUGCCAGCCCAUGGCAGUGUCCCUGCUCCAGACUCAUCAGUUCAUAUUAAACAAGAGCCCAUGUCUCCCGAACAAGAAGAGAAUCCGAAUGCUGUGUCACAAGGCUCUGCCUGCCAUGUGUCCAAGGGAUUACUGCAAGCUCAGAGAGAGAUGAGCGAUAGUUCUCCCGCUUACCCCGUCAUGACCGCAACGUUGCCCUUCUCAGGGCUAACAGAAAGUUUCCAUGAGCCUAGCCAAGAACUCAAGUUGUCUGUGGAGCAAGAAAGCAUCAGGGACAGAGAAAACUCUCCCUCCUCCCAAUCGUCUAGUCUUCCUAGUAUAAAUAAAGGACGUGAAGAACCAACCAAAGGCAACAUUGGGUCUGAAGCCUGUACCAGUUCUUUCCCAAGAUUAUCUUUUACUGCCGAAACCUCGUUGGAGAAGGAACCCCACUCCCCAGUUGACCAGCCUGAGCAGCAGGCUGAAUCCACCCUGACAUCAGCCGACACAAAGGUGAACAAGAAAAAGAAGAAACUUCGGAAGAAGAAAACUCUGCGUGCCACCCGUGUUCCUGAGAACAGUGACACCGAGCAGGAUGUGUUUACCGCGAAACCCGUGAGGAAGGUUAAAAGCGGGAAGUUAACCAAAGGAGGGAAAGUAACGACAUCCACUUGGGAAGACAGCAGAGCUGGUCUGGAGCAGGACAGUGUCCGAGAUGAGCCCGACAGUGACUCGUCCCUGGAAGUCCUGGAAAUUAAUAACCUUCCUCUGGAAGUGAUACCAAUCGAAUCCUCUGAGUCUGGAGAGGAGAAACCAGACAGCCCAUCCAAAAAGGAUACCUGGAACACUACAGAGCCAAACUCGCUGGAAACUUCUCGUUCUGGAUGUGAUGAAGUUAGCUCUACCAGUGAGAUUGUCACUCGCCAUAAAGAUGGCAUCCACGUAAGUGUGGCAGAAACUCAAACAGUAAUCACUUCUAUAAAAGUAUCUAAGAACUCUUCAGAAAUAUCCUCAGAGCCAGGAGAUGAUGAUGAGCCCACAGAAGGGAGCUUUGAAGGGCACCAGGCUGCUGUGAAUGCAAUCCAGAUAUUUGGGAACUUACUGUAUACUUGCUCAGCGGAUAAAACUGUCCGUGUGUAUAAUCUGGUGAGUCGGAAAUGUAUCGGCAUCUUUGAAGGCCAUAGCUCCAAAGUGAACUGCCUGCUGGUGACCCAGACAUCUGAGAAGAACGCCGCCCUCUACACUGGUUCCAGUGACCACACCAUUCGCUGCUAUCAUGUUAAGACCCGAGAGUGUCUGGAGCAGUUAGAGCUGGAAGACCGGGUUCUCUGCCUCCACAGUAGAUGGCGAAUCCUCUAUGCCGGACUGGCCAAUGGCACUGUGGUCACCUUCAACAUAAAGAACAACAAACGCAUGGAGAUCUUUGAGUGUCAUGGCCCUCGAGCAGUCAGCUGUCUUGCCACAGCUCAGGAAGGUGCCCGAAAGCUGCUGGUUGUGGGCUCUUACGACUGUACCAUUAGUGUACGUGACGCCCGGAACGGCCUGCUCCUCAGAACUCUGGAGGGCCACAGCAAAACCAUCCUUUGCAUGAAGGUGGUGAAUGACCUGGUGUUCAGUGGUUCGAGUGAUCAGUCAGUUCACGCUCACAAUAUUCAUACUGGUGAGCUUGUGCGGAUCUAUAAAGGUCACAAUCAUGCAGUGACAGUGGUGAACAUCCUGGGGAAAGUGAUGGUGACUGCCUGCCUGGAUAAAUUUGUUCGAGUCUAUGAGUUACAGUCUCAUGAUCGCUUGCAAGUUUAUGGAGGACACAAAGACAUGAUUAUGUGCAUGACCAUCCAUAAGAGUGUGAUUUACACUGGCUGUUACGAUGGCAGCAUUCAGGCUGUGAGACUGAAUCUGAUGCAGAAUUACCGCUGUUGGUGGCAUGGUUGCUCUCUGAUAUUUGGAGUAAUAGAUCAUUUAAAGCAACACCUGUUGACCGACCACACUAAUCCAAACUUUCAAACUCUAAAAUGCCGGUGGAAGAACUGCGAUGCUUUUUUCACCGCCAGGAAAGGAUCCAAGCAGGAUGCUGCAGGACACAUUGAACGACAUGCUGAAGAUGACAGCAAAAUCCAUCCGUGAAGCUUUUUGCCUCCCAUGUUGGGAAGUCAUUUGUGGGACUAUUUCCAGCUCAGCCCCUUUCACAUGCCACUUUUCCCUUCUUGCUUGUAGUUAGGAAGGGGAAAGUGGCGACCAGCCAGGCUUACCACUGACGUGAGUCUGGGAAGCUCUAUGGAAUGACAGGUUACCCUUUAUGUUCUGGCUGCAGAUUUUAAACAGAUUUAAGUGUAUUUUAAGGAAUCACACUCCUCCAGGGUGGCGUGAAUAUUGUAAUUUAUGCUGCCAGGAAUCUCCAGUUGUUUAUUAAAAGUUCAGAUCUUUAUUGGUUA